AUACAUUCAAAUUCGUGGUAAACGACACACCGUCAGCUGUACGGAAGACCUGUCAAUACAGCAUCAUUCCGGCGAGACUUGUCCCGUGUGUGGUGUUUAUGAACCGCCUAUAGUGCCACAAAUGCCUACCAUUAUGUCACAGCAGUCGACUGGCGCUGGAGCAACAGGUGGUGGUGGUGGUGGUAUUCGCACAAGACGUACCGGCCUGCUGACUGUAACAGAACGACCGCCAGUGAUAAGUCCUGAGCUUAUACGCGAGGUGGAAUCGCGCAUGAAUCGCAAUUACUUGCCACCUGCUUUAAAAAUGCAGCAACAUCAAUCACAUCCGCACCAGCAUAGCGCAACGAAUCCCACGCUCAGCCAAUCCCCUCCCACUGGCGCCUUUGCGCCUUACCAUUCGUCAUCGAGCGCCAAUAUUUUGCCUACCCAGGCAUUAGCAAAUGCAGCCAUGACGGCACAAGGUCCUCCUAACGCUUCUGGAAAUAGUAGGCGUGUUCAUUUCAAAUCCACCAACAAGCUGCCAACCGUGCAAGAAGUUGGACGCUACAGCCCCGUAAGGCGCGCAUCCGAAGGAUCGAAAGCACAAUUCCAAGGACCAUUACAAGAGUGUCAGUAUCUGCAAAAAGUAUCAGCACAACGUAAUUUUUUGGUUGCACCAACACCGCCACUUUCAGAUAAUUCAAUUAGUUUACCUGGUAAGCUUUACAAAAAAAAAUCAGAAUAGCAAUAUUUUAACUUGAUUCAAACAUACCUAAUUCCUGUCGUAAUCCUCAACUUGUUUAUAGAUUUUUUUUUUUUAAUUGUGCUAGGCAUCUUAGAUUGAAGGGAAAUAUUUGCAGUUGUCCAGCCAUUACCUACUAAUUAUUUAAUAGUUCUACAGGACUUGUGUUCAAUGGAGAGCGUUCCGGAGCAACGUACAAGCUGCAGUCUCCUUGAGAUAAAUCUUGAGCCAUAUUUUCCUAAAACCUUCCUAUAUUUUUAUUGGCGCUAUAAGCGCUUAAGUAGAGCUAUAUGAGACCUUGCUAGGGAUUAAACAACUCGGAGAGUUAGUUUCAUAGGGAUAUAUACUGCUAAAAGCGAAUUUAAAAUCGAGAAGGAGGAAAUUUAAACUCUAAUUGUCAGUUUGGGUCGAGACAAAAAACUUUGCCAAUUUCCUCUCUGCUUUGAAAAAUUGAGUUAGUUGUCCAUCUCGAGUGGUGAUAAGUUCUUUUGCGCUUAGUCCUUCUAUUAUAUUUGUGGCCGUCCUUGCUUUCGUUGUCCGCCUAUAGGUGCCGAGUAGAAGUACCUUUACAAUGGUGCCUCCUCUAUACGCGAAUAAACCUGAAAAUUCAUAUAUAUGGGCUUUUAGACUCGCUGAACCCGAAUCCGAGGUCCGUUAACCUUUGUUUAUGUUGUCGCUAAAUCCGAAUAUGGGGAUCCCUUGGUUCUUCAAAGUCAUCUAGAUGUCAUGCCAAGGUCAAAUUCAGAAGAAGUAUAUUGAAUUUUCAGGUUUAUUCAAUGCAUUUUUUGCCCUACUUUACCCUAAAAUGACCUCGAACCUGACGUGAUGGAGGCUAACAGACCUCGGAUUUGCAUUCAUAACAUCGGUUGGUUCAAUAUGGAGACUUUUUUU